CCAAGACCUAAGCCUGCAAAAGACAGAAUCCUGAAAGACAGACAGUUCGGGAAGAGUAACAGGACGCGACACCAUGCGGGAUAAAAUCCUCCGUAAGAGUGUGCACCGCUCUUUUUUAAAGAAGGCUGAUGAGGUGCUGCCCAAGUUUUUCGACAAGGCUGUACAAGAAGGGGAAAGGAGUGCAAUCCAGAGAUUUCUGGCUCUGCUGGCUGGGAAACUUGUGGGGGUUUCUGCCAACGCAAUGACUGUCAUGAAGAAGAUGAAAGCAUCAGAAGUGCUGAAGGCGAGGAAAACGGAACGGGGCUACGUGAUCUACAUUAGUUACCUCAUAAACCCUAACGGCAAGAGGUUCUUUGGCGAAGCACGGGUGCCUGUGAACUCCCAAACAUAUGGCAUCAUGAAGUCAUGGCUUGAGGCCAGGAAGGACAUUCCCGGUUGGAGCUCAGAGUUCUUCUUUUCCAGUAACACUGGAGAGGGAGUGAAUACUUCCCUCCUGCUGGCCCAGUUCAAACGGAUUUGGGUGGAGCUGGGACUGCCAAAACCACAGCCAACCUUUGAAGACCUUCGCACCUCCAUCGCGGAACAUGCUCUAAUGUCAGUACUUGACAUUGAAAUGACCUUGCGCAUGGCGAUCUUCAUGUACUACGAUGUAGCAGCCUCCGAAUGGUUUUUUAAAGAUGACUACGAGCAGGUGGCCCUGGAGGAAGUGGUUCAAGAUGACCUGCCCCAGGAGGAGGAGGAGGAGGAUCAAGAAGACCCGCCCCAGGAGGAUGAUGAUGAGGAGGUGGAGGAGGAGGAGUUGGAGGAGGAGGGGGUUCAAGAAGACCCGCCCCAAGAGGAGGUGGUGAAGGAGGAGUUGGUGGAGGAGGAGGAGGAGGAGCAGGGGGUUCAAGAAGACCCGCUCCAGGAGGAGGUGAACAGCCAGGAGGAGAUGGCCCAGGGGGAGGUGGUCCAAGAGGAGGUGGUAAAGGAGGAGGUGAACAGCCAGAAGGAGGUGAUGGAGGAAGAGGUGGUUGAAGAGGAGGUGGUUCAAGACGACCUGCCCCAGGAGGAGGUGAACAGCCAGGAGGUGGUGGCCCAGGGGGAGGUGGUUAAGGAGGAGGUGAACGUCCAGGAGCUAGUGAUUAAGGAGGAGAUGGUUGAAGAGGAGGUGGUUCACGAGGAGGAGGGGAGCAGCCAGGAGGAGGGGAGCAGCAAGGAGGAGGUGAAAUGGAACAGGAGGAGGCUCAGGAAGAGGGCAGUCAACCAGGAGGAGGUGAACAGUCAGGAGGAGUUGGUUAAAGAGGAGGUGAACAGCCAGGAGGUGGUGAUUAAAGAGCAGGCGGUUGAAGAGGAGGUGGUGAUUAAGGAAGAGAGGGUUGAAGAGGAGGUGGUUAAGGAAGAGGAAGGGAGCAGCCAGGAGGAGGUGAAAUGGAGCAGGAGGAGGCUCAUGAAGAGGGAGUUCCACCAGGAGGAGAACAGUGAGGAGGAGGAGGAGGUCAAGAACAAGAUCUUAAGGACGAGGGUCUCUGUCCUGCUUUCACCGCUCACCCCGAGAACCAUGAGGAGGUGGACAGGCCGGAGAAGUCACCAGGGAAGACCGGCAGGAGUCCCCUAAAGCAAAAGAAACAGCCACUCCACCCAGAUGGCCAAGCACACCCCUAUCCCCUACCUACCACCAGGGGGCACAAAUCCCCUUCCAACGGAUACCCCGAUUACUCCCAGAUAAUUCCAGUACCCACCCACCCACACACACACACACACACACACACACACACACACACCCUUGACAGUUCCAAGAAAAAGACGAAUUGUGUAUCCCAAAGUCAAGCAUCCCCUCCCCCCAACGUGGGUUAGUCAGGGUUAAUGUCAUGCCUCUGGGCAAACCAUGGAGCCAUGCAAUGGAAUGUAUGGUCCUAGUUUUCAGUUUAGACAUGCGUCAUUGUAAGGUUUUUUUGUUUCUUCAUGCAGUUUGUUCAUGUUCAUGUUAAAUGUUCAUCAUGUUGAAUAAAACCAGUAGGUAGGAGCAUGUUGCA